CGGGGUCCUUAGGGGUCCUUCCUGCCCUGAGCCGCUCCGCCUGUCUCCUGACGUUCACCGACCACCGGAGAAAAAACGGUAAAUCAACCCGAAAUCCUCGUCGAGCCGACCGGGUCCCGGGCGUCAUGAUGGGCGGUAAGACCAGCGCGCUAGCCGCGGGGGUGUGCGGCGCUCUGCUCGUCGGUUACUGCAUCUACUUCGACAGGAAAAGGCGGAGUGACCCCAACUUCAAGAACAGGCUGCGAGAACGGAGGAGAAAGCAGAAGGCCGCCAGCGAGAGGGCAGGACUGGCAAAGCUCCCAGACCUGAAGGACGCCGAGGCGGUGCAGAAGUUCUUCCUGGAGGAGAUCCAGCUGGGGGAGGAGCUUCUGGCUCAGGGAGACUAUGAGAAAGGAGUGGACCACCUGACCAACGCCAUCGCGGUGUGCGGCCAGCCUCAGCAGCUGCUGCAGGUGCUGCAGCAGACUCUGCCUCCACCCGUCUUCCAGAUGCUGCUCACCAAACUGCCCAGUAUCAGCCAGCGUAUUGUGAGCGCACAGAGUCUGAGCGAGGACGAUAUAGAAUGAGAGGACGGAGAGGACACGCCCCCUUCUCUUCCUCAUGUGGACCCCUUCUUCCAUGACGACCCGCCCACGCCUCGGCCUCCAUCACUCCGGCUGACGUCCAUCACUUCCCACCAAGGCGUCCUAAAGGGAAUUAGUUUUUUAUUCCUGGUUUAUCCAUGACAGUAGUGUUUGUUUGUUGUUGUUUUUUUACUUAAAUUACCCGUUUUUGGGGUAUUAAGAGUAUCUGGAUGAUAACGGAGCCCGUCCCCGCUCCUCCAUCAGAAGGUUUGUGCUCAUUAACUGAGUCCGCUCCUUCCUUCAGCGUGGCAGCAUCACGCACCAGGUUUACACUGUCCAGCCGUCUUCAUGCUUAUUCUGAUAUCAGUCGUAGAAAGUGACACAAACGGGAAUCUUUUCUCUGCUUCACAAACUAUUUAUUGAUUUUGUUUCUCAGUCGUCUUUCUGUUCGCUCGCUCUCUCUCUCUCGACUUAAAAACACUUUUGUAAAAAGUGAUGAAAUGUUUUGUUCAUUUUAAUAGAGGACAGCCCUCUUUAGGAAAUAAAAAAUAAAAAAUGUGAACAAACUACAAA